UUAGACGUAUUACUUCCUCGGCCAAGAGAGGAAUAGUGAAGAUUUUUCCUUGCUUACUCUGCUAGGAUGGUGCUAAUGGAAAUCUGGCAGCGAAAAAACACAUUUUUGCUGGAAAUCUUGUCUCCGAAGUGAGAAUCUUCAUCAUAACUUUGCAGUAAACUAGUUAAACAAUCAAUUGCGAUGCAAAUACUGCCAGAGAACGUUGAAAAUCGAAAGUAAACGCGGUGCCAUCGAGGGUGAAAAAUUGAACGAUUUUCCGUGAUUGCAGGAAAAGAAAAUUUGAUAGAGGUGGUAGGGGCACUUGGUUCGGUUUGAAAAUAGUCACUGUUGAAGGUGAAGUUCAACUUCAGUGAAGCGAUAACGGUGCAAAAGGGCGUAAAUAGAAGAGCAAGUGUUAAAUGCAGAGCGAACAAAUAGCGUGGUGGAGCGAAAACUCGACAAGAUUGGCAGGGUUUUUUUUUUCUCGCAAUUUGUUUGUCAGCUUUUCUUAGAUUGUGUAUCCUGACAGCUGGUUUUUCAAUACAACGGUGACAAUUUUUAAGACUACCGAGCAACAUCAGUUGAAAUUAGUUGUACUUCAGUAUUAGUAGUGGCUAUUGAAAUAGAGCGAUAGAGAUAUCUGACCAACCAACAGCAAUAUGUCACUACAAACAGAUCAUAUUGAUUUUAAAGAAAAACUGAUAGCCACCGUGAAGAAAGAGGUCAAACAGGUCAUGGAGGAAGCGGUCACCAAAAAGUACAUUCACGAGGAGUCCGGAUCGGUGACUUCGCUUUGCGCUGCGGUGGAAGCCUGCCUCAGCCAGGGACUGAGGAGACGGGCUCUUGGCUUGUUUAAAACGUCCUCGACGACGGCACUGCUACACAAAGUGGCUAAGCACUGCCCUGAAGCGGCCCUAAUUAGUAAGAAGGUGCAGGAAAUCGAGAACAACGAUCCCAACAAACGGUCAUCAUCCAGUAGCGAUAGUACCAACAAACCACCGAUUUUGAAAAAGAACAGCAGCCAUUCUGUGUCCACGACUACCCCACCUCCGACGUUACCUGUUGUGAAAUACUUGUGGAUUCGGUUGGCGUUGUAUGAGAAGAAACUGUCCCGUAUAAUUGAUCAUCUGGUGACGAAUGCAACUCGGUACUACGAGCGUGAUUCAUUAGUGGCAGAUCCGGACUACGGAUCCAUACUCAGUUCCUUAUUGGUAGGACCGUGUGCGUUGGAUUAUUCACGUACUAAAACUACAGACCACUACUGGACGGAUCCACCGGCGGACGAACUGGUCCAACGACAUCGCAUCAGUUCGGGUAAUCCCACGUCACCAGCAAUACGUAGGCCGAUGUUGAACUUCAAACGCAGCCUACACACUAGCUCCGACGAGGGCAGCAUGGCAUCGUUCAAGUCUAACUCGCUUGUGUCGGCCUCCAAAGACUACGUGGAAUCGUUGCAUCAGAACUCUCGCGCAACUUUGUUGUACGGGAAGAACAAUGUUCUAGUAUUACCGAAAGAUGCCAGUGAAGCUAUGCCCGGUUAUCUGAGUCUGCAUCAAACGGUGCAAUCAUUGACCAUCAAGUGGACUCCGAACCAGCUGAUGAACGGUUAUACCGAAUCGGAGAACAUCGAUAAAAGCUCAUAUUGGACGUAUGCACUAAACGUAAAUGUGGAUGAAAUUGUAUACGUUCACUGUCACCAGGCGAGAGGUGGAGAUACUGGUGGAACCAUUAUUCUGGUAGGGCAAGAUGGGGUACAACGAUCACCGAUUCUUUUCCCGGAAGGGGGACAUAUGGCGGCGUUCUUGAGUUGUCUGGAAACAGGUCUUUUACCGCAUGGACAACUAGAUCCUCCGCUGUGGUCUCAGAGAGGCAUUGGACGUAUCUUUCCUUGGCCCCACAAAUCUCGUCGUAGACCAAUGCCUUCAUUGCUGGAGGCUGCAACCAGUGACGAGUUACCAAUCGACUACGUAUUCCGUGUUGUCAAUAAAAGUAACACGGAUGAGUUUCUGGCCACACACUCAAUUCUGGACAUAGGACGAACUAGUCCGCGAUACCGGGCACAGCUCAGCAGUUGUUCGACCAAUGAAAGCAGCGAUUGUUCUAGUAAGAGCCUAUCGAUUGAUGCUAUGUCGAUUGACAGUCCUAAUUCUAUCACAAAUCAGUCAACUAGUAUUGCCCUCGUGUGCUCAACAAUGAAGCGACAAAUCAUAUCCAGAGCAUUCUAUGGUUGGCUUGCUUAUUGCCGUCAUCUAUCGACAGUUCGUACUCAUUUGUCCGGAUUGGUCAAUGGACGUAUUACUCCGGACAUUGGUGCGGAAGAAGGUUUAACCAGAAUUCGCUGGGAAAGUCUUCACGAUGAUAAUGGUGUGGUGUCUGAUGAUCAAGAGGUUUAUCGACUGGUUUACUACGGUGGAGUUGAACACGAAAUUAGAAGAGAAGUUUGGCCGUAUUUGUUGGGCCAUUACAGCUUCGGCACUACUCCAUUAGAACGUGCCGAGUUGGAUGAGACUACAAAGCACUACUAUGAAACAACGAUGAGUGAAUGGUUGGCAGUUGAGGCUAUUGUGCGCCAAAGAGACAAGGAAAAGACUGCUGUCGCCGUGGCGAAGCUCAGUUCAGGCAGCGGAAGUCUUGACAACAAGAGUAAAGAUGUGGAAGAGGAGGAAAUUGAAAACGAAGUGUUCGAAGAAAACGGUUUCUCAGACAUGUCUGAGCCGGAGGUUGACGAUGACGAAGAAAGCUCAAAAGUGAAGGAUGCUGAGCCAUCCAACGAACCAGAAAAGGCAGAUACGGAAGAGGGAGAAAAGUUGACAUCAUCGAAUAGACUGGAGCUUCCGUUGUCAGAUCACAGCAAGGAAAUGGACAGCAACAAAAGUUCUCCUUCAGAUUCUUCAUAUGCCACAGUCGGCAAUGAUUUCGUAGAUGUAGCUGACAUGCUGCCGAUAUCAAUGAAUGAGAAUGGAGUAAGUGAACAGGAGAAUGGAAAAGAGGAUGAAGAAGAGGAAGAGGAUGAAUGUUCAGUUCAAUCGCCAGAACAACCACGAGCCGUUAUUGUAACUGAUGCCUCCAUUGAUGUGAGUAUGUUGAAUGAUAGCAAAGAGCAGAACAACAACACAUUGGAAGCCCUGCAGGAGGAGGGAGGUGUUUCAAGCGUUCAGCUGGACGCAUUGCAGGAGCCAAAGUCCACAUGUGUGUCGCCGGCUAGUUCGAAUGGUGGAAUCUACAGUAGCGAACUUUUGGAAUCAUUUGGACUGAAUUUGCACAGGAUUGAAAAAGAUGUACAAAGAUGUGAUCGAAACUACUGGUAUUUUGCCAAUGAGAAUUUGGAUAAAUUACGAAAUGUGAUAUGCACUUAUGUAUGGGAACACCUGGACGUCGGUUACAUGCAGGGCAUGUGCGAUUUGGUAGCGCCACUUCUAGUUAUCUUCGAUGAUGAGUCCCUGAGUUAUGGUUGCUUCUGUCGUUUCAUGGAGCGAAUGAUUGAGAAUUUUCCGAACGGCGGUGCAAUGGAUAUGCAUUUCGCCAACAUGAGGUCACUGAUUCAAAUAUUGGACUCGGAAAUGUACGACUUGAUGCAUGCGCACGGCGAUUACACCCAUUUUUACUUCUGCUAUCGGUGGUUCCUGUUGGACUUCAAACGAGAGCUGAUCUACGCGGACAUCUUUUCCGUGUGGGAGGCAAUCUGGGCUGCCAAACAUGUUGCAUCGAGUCACUUUGUACUGUUUCUAGCUUUAGCUCUACUGGAAACCUAUCGGGAUAUUAUACUGUCUAACAGUAUGGACUUUACCGAUAUCAUUAAAUUUUUCAACGAAAUGGCCGAACGACACAAUACACCGGCUCUUUUGAAACUAGCUCGAAAUCUGGUUUUGCAACUGCAAACAAUCAUUGAAAAUAAGUAAAUUAGUUUAGUUUAUCUUGAUUUAAAUACAAAGGGGACUGGAAAACAAAAUAUACUGUACAAAUUUGAUUGUAUGCUAAACUGUGGAUCAGUUUUGCUGGACUGGAUUCCAAUAAUGUGUACAUUAUAAAUUAGCCUCAUCAAAAAAAUUCCCUCACAAGAAAAUAAUCCAUCUAUGAAUUUGCGCGAUAAAUAAUAAGAACAAUUAUAAAAAAAUAUUAUCAAUAAUGGAAAAAAUACAAAUAAAUAAACUCGCGAUAGCAAAGAAUCUAUGUAAUGUCACAUACAUGUCACUGUUACCUUCCUGUAUACACAAAUACUUACGGACAUAAGAAAAGAUUUAAUAUAGUUAUGAACAGUACCAAUAUCUUAAUUUGUUUACUAUAUUUUUCUAGUAGUUUAUUCAAGGAUUCUAUAUUUGGAUAAACAGGAUACGAUAAAACGUUCUACAUUAAUCCACUACGUUGACUAAAUUUAAUGUGUAAAGGAGUAAUAAUCAGAUGUCCAUGUAUAUUUUCAUGUUUAUGAAAUAGUUUCGCUAAGCCUUUAUAUUGAUACAUCUUCCUGAUGUGUCUACUGAUCGUUACAAAUGUAAUACAUUAUUUAAUCAGUUAAAGAGUUUUGAUUUGAAACGAAUAGUUGAAAUACUUGUCAGAAGUAGAUGUUAUUUUCUAAUAUAGUCAUAUAUUUUAGGCCAAGUCACGGGCAGAUGUGAAAUUACGUGCGUGAUUUUUUAGAUCAGUGUAACUAGUACACGAAAACUGUUUUAGCCAGGCUCCAAGAGCAUCUGUAUUCUUUUAACACGAUGUUAUUUUACCCUACUGUUUCGUAAACUCUGUGUCAAAAUCACAAGUAUAAGAAUAUAAAUAUCUUGCAACAUCAGUCUUAUGAAGCAUUAUAAAAAUAUUGAGAAGAAAUAGAAACAUUAAGAUUUUCUCGAUAUCACGUGGGCGGAUGCUGCGAGAGCGAGAGAGAGAGAGAGACGAAUCAAGUUUCUUUUAGGCAGCAUACGGUGACGUAAUGUGGACACAAAUCAGUUGUCAAAUCAUCACAUCUUCCAUUAGUAGUUGAUAACGUGAUAAACAUGAAACACAGACAAAGUGGUAAAUUGAGUAGCUCACGCUCCUGUACGGUUAAGCCUAUAAAUGAAAUCAUUGUUUAUAUGACAAAGGUGUAUUGUAAUUUUAGAGGAACACUUUCGCGAAGAAAGCAGGAAACGAACUAUUUUGGAAUUCCGAACGGAAGGGUCGGUGUUGUCAGGGAGAAUUUGAUACAAAUAUUAUUGUUAGUAGCAGGAGUUUUGUAGACUGAAUUACUGUUGGUGUUCACUAGGUCCCCUGAUACCAAAAGUAAUUUGUGUCUUUUCCCUACUGUACAACAUACCAGAUUUGUUGAACGAGUACAUGUAUGCUAAUGAAUAAAGAAACAAAUAAAACAUAUUGACUAUUUUAA